AUGGCGGAAGGCCUCUUCGCCUCCGCUGACAUGGCGGCGAGCAGAGCUCGAGGCGCCAUCUCCUCUUUCCUCUCUUAUCUCGCCAACUCCUACCCUUCUCCCGGCGACUUCUCCCCCUUCCCCGCCUUCCGCGCCCUUUCCGCCUUCGUCUCCCCGCUCCUCUCCCCGCUCUUCUCCCUCUUCCCGUCCCUCCCGCCGUCCCUCGCGCAUCCCGUCUCCUCGCUCUCUCACGUCAUCACCACGCGCGUCCUCCCCACACGCCUCCUCCCACUCACCAACUACCUCCUCUCGCCCCCCUUCCUCUACGCCUUCCUCCUCACAUCCGUCUACGCGCUCCUCCUCUUCCUCCUCUUCCGCCUCGUCACCUCCCCCACGCGCCGCCUCCGCCACAUCCCCGGCCCCCCAUCCCGCUUCCUCGUCGGCAACAUCCCCGACAUAGCCGCGCGCGAGUUCCACAUAUGCCACAUGGCAUGGGCGCGGCAGUACGGCGCGCUCUACAAGUACAUGAUGGGCCUGGAACCUAUUGUGAUUGUCGCGUCGCCCGAGCUCGCGCGGGAGGUGUGUGAGCGGCGCUUCGACGCGUUCCACGACCGGUUCCUUCUGACGCCCAACGAGGUCAUGGCGGACUUUAUCAUUUUCGGCAAGGGCAACUACUGGCGCCGCGUGCGCGCCGCUGUCGUGCCGCUGUUCCACUCGUCGCGCCUCGCCAGCUACUCCCCGCUCAUUAAUGAGUGCAUGGACGACCUGCUUCGCAAGCUCGACAGUCUCGCCCAGGGAUCACUCGCAGCCUCACCAUCCCAGCAGCAACAGCAGGCACUAAAGCCCCAGAAGCACGAGACAGAAGGAGAGGGAGAAGCAUCUCCACUGGCAGAGCCACCAGCGUCACCUCCACCUCCACCACCGCUGGAACCCACCUCUCCUGCUGCCGUCGAACCAGCUCAUGCAGCCACUCCGGCCGAGAGCGCACUGGAGAGCAGCGGCUUGCCAGAGGCUGUGAGGACAGGGAAGGGCAUGGCAGCAGCAGCAGCAGAGGAAUCCAGCCCAGAGAAAGACGCCCGCCCAGCAGCAGUGCGGGCAGCAGAAGACGCAGGGAGGAUGGCGGGAGAGAGUGGGGCGAGUGGGGCGAGUGGGCUGAGUGGGGAGGGUGGGGAGGGCGGCGGGUACGUGGAUGUGGCGCCGCUGUUCCACCAUGCGUCGGUGGACGAGGUGGGGUCUGCUGUGUUUGGCCGGCGCUUCUCCUCGUACGAUGGCGGCAAGCUCACAGGAGCGCUGCAGACCAUCCUCGAGCAGUUCAACAUCUCGGGCCGCAAUGCGCCGUGGUCAGCCCCGGUGCAGCUGUUCCACCUCCCUCUGGGCACCGUGCUGCGCCUUGCUCUCGAGUGCAUCCCCGGCACGCCUGAGCGCGCAGGCUGGCUCGCCAGGCAGUACACGGCUGCUGCUGUCCUCGCCAUCCGAGACAGCCCUCACCCCACCACCAGCCCCCCUGCUGCUGCUGCUGCUGCUGGUGCGGAUUGGGUAGAGAGCGAGAGCGCUGCAGGAGCGCAAGCAUCAGAGGCAGCAGCAGCAGUGGUGGGAGAGGAACGGGAGAAGGAGGAGAGGCCGGACUUUAUCUCGUGGCUGUCGAACAAGACUCGCCUGGACGACGGGUCAAAGCUGACGUUGAAGCAGGUGCAGGCAGUGGCGAUGGAGAUGGUUCUCGCUGGCUCGGAGACCUCUGCCACGACCAUGGGAUUCGUUGUCUACUUCAUUGCUAAGAACCCCAAGGCGGAAGCGCUGCUACUGAGAGAGGUGGACACAACCAUUCCAGACAGGCUCCCCACCUACGAGGACCUGCAUCUCUUCCCCUACACCGAAGCCGUGGUCAAGGAGACUCUCCGCCUUGUGCCGCCCGCACCCUACAUCGCACGCCAAGCCACCUUCGACACGACUCUCAACGGCCAAGCCAUUCCCAAGGGCACGCGCCUGUUCGUUGACGCCUACAGCAUCCACCACGACCCGAAGCUGUUCGCCGAGCCUGAGGCGUUCAAGCCGGAGCAGUUCCUCCCCGGCGGCGAGGCUGUAGGGGAGAAUCGGCCUCCGUGUGCGUAUAUUCCGUUUGGUGCGGGGCCGAGGAAGUGUCUCGGGUACAAGCUGGCCAUGCAGCAGCUCAUAAUUGGUAUGGUUCGCGUCUAUCGGCGCUUUGUGUUCCGCCUUUCGGAGAAGCAGAUGCGCGAGGAGGUUCCGAACCUGAGGUUCGGCGUUUCCAUGGCUGCUGCGGAAGGGAUUCAAGUGAAGGUCUUUAGGAGGGCUUGA